UCACUGAUAAUAAUGGAAAUGUUAAGAUAGCAAUGGAGACCAGUUCAGUUGGAGCAACAAGUACUUACAGCAUUUCAUCAACUGGUCCAUUUGAUGCAGGAAAGUAUGAAUGUUUUGGAGAAAACGAGUUUGAUACUGCUACGUCAUCACCAGCAACAUUGACAGUUCAAUAUUUUGGUAAUAUCACUUUGACUGUCAAACCAAGCACAACUGUUCAUGACAAGACUCAAGUAACAAUAGAAUGUACUGUAGAUGCAUUACCAGCAGCUGAGAUUGAACUAAGUCGUAAUGAUGGAAUAUUCUUGUCGUCUUCUAAUGCAACAUUGAAUAGAGAACUUGGAGGUACUAAGGAGUUUAAGUCAAAUCGUGUAAGUUACACAGUUGAUGCCAACAAGGAUUGGACAGGAAACAUACAAUGUUAUGGAAAGAACAUUGUUAACAGUGGAGAGAAGUCAACAGAUUUUAUUGUACAAACACGUCCAUCCUCUCCAACACAGUGUGUAAAUAUGACAACAAUGGUUUCAACCAAGUCUGUGACGUAUUAUUUUAUGUUGGGACAUGAUGGAGAUUCAGCCAUUACAAAAGUGAUGAUAGAAUGUUACAAAGGAAAUGACAAAACUGUAGUUAAGACAAGCACUUCAACUAUGUUUGAGCAUCCCAACUGUACUGCAGCUGAAUUGACUGGUCUUACUCCUGGAACAGCAUACACCUGUCAGCUGUUUGCAGAAAAUGCUGUUGGUCGUAGCGAUGGCAGCGAUUCAUUUGAAAUUAAAACUGAUGCAUCAGUACCUGCCACACCUGUUCUGGAUCCCCAACCUGUUCAAGUUACUGAAACUACACUAACGGUUAGAUGGACUGUCGACUAUAAUGGUGGAGAGUCAAUCACUGAGUAUACAGUGAGAUGGAGACUUGCAUCUAGUACUAGUGAUAGUGAUUGGUUGUCACAUCCUUUGACAACUGGUUUGUCACAAGAAGGUGGUGAGCAUACAUUUGAUGGUCUUCAGAGAAAUGCACAAUAUUCUGUGGAAAUUAUUGCAAUAAACAAAAAAGGAUCAAGCAGAGGUGGUAGAAACACGUACACAACGCUAUGCUUUCCUGGUCAGAUUACUGAGGUUGAAAAAAUAGAAUUAAAUAGAGAAGUUGACAAUCCAUCCACAACUGUCAAGCUCUCAGUCACUGUUCCGGAUGACAAAGGUUGUGGUGAAAUUACUAAUUACAUUGUCACAGAUGUUGCUGGGGAAGAACUAACAUCAAAAAUCGUUGCGAGGGGUGAUGGUAAAGUGACUCUUGAAGUGUCAGGGUUGGAAGCUGAUAAAGAAUACAGACUGCAGGUGUCUGUCAGUAAUUCAAAUGGUGAUAAAAGUCCAGCAUCAGCUGCACUCACUAUUAAAACUGAACCGUUUGAGGAGCCUACAAAUGCCCCAGUUAGGAAUGAUGAUGAUGGUCUUUCAGCAGGCACUGUUGCUGGUUCAGUCUCUGCAGUUGUGGUGGUAAUCAUUGUCAUCGUUGCUGGUGUGAUAUUGAUAUUACAUAUACACAGAAAGAACAGCUACAAUGUGGAUAGCCCUAGUCGUGAGACUAAGAUGGAAAUAAGAAGUCAGACAUAUGAGGAUCCUGUGCAGUCUACACGUUCAGACACAGUGAUGCAACAAUCUAGUGCAUAUGGCGUUUGCAUAGCGGGAGGGGAGAGAAGAGGGCUUGACUCUGAAAUAAGGAUGCAAGAAUCAUGAGCAUAUGAAGUGGUUCCCACCCAAAUGGCUGCUACAGCUUUUCAGGUUAUUUGACGGUGUCCAAGAUGUCGCAAUGAAAGUACUUGUAUGCUAUUGAUAAUUCAGAUUUUAGAAUUUUUUAUAUUGUAUCUUAUAGUAUACUAGCUGCUUGUACAGGCAUAUAUUGUUUACUACAUUGACAGCUGCUGCAGUAGAUGG